UACUCCGCUGCCACCGCUCUCUGUUGUUUCAUUUUUCUCCCAAAAAUCAAUUUACCAGUGACAGUGUCCUUACAUCACGUCUCCACUCUCCCCCAUCCCUAUUAUUCAAAACCCAGAAAUUUCCAGAGCCCCAGCCAUUUUUCUUUUCUUUUGUUUUCUGCCUGUAAAUAGUGUAUAUCUGAACUCUAGAAGCGCGGUGGUGGUGGUGGUGGUGGUGAACGUAACUGGUGCGCGGCGGCGGUGGUGAUGGCGGGAAAUGACUGGAUAAACAGUUACUUGGAGGCGAUAUUAGAUGUGGGACCAGGGAUUGAUGAUGCCAAGUCGUCACUGCUGCUCAGAGAAAGAGGGAGGUUCAGCCCAACUCGCUACUUCGUGGAGGAGGUCAUCACCGGCUUUGAUGAGACCGAUCUCCACCGCUCUUGGGCCCGCGCGCAAGCGACCCGGAGUCCGCAAGAGAGGAAUACCAGGCUUGAGAAUUUGUGCUGGCGUAUUUGGAAUUUGGCUCGCCAGAAAAAGCAGCUUGAGGGAGAGCAAGCUCAGAGGAUGGCUAAACGCCGUCUUGAACGUGAAAGGGGCCGCAGAGAAGCAGUUGCUGAUAUGUCUGAAGACUUAUCAGAAGGGGAGAAAGGAGAUACAGUUGGUGACUUUUUGGCACAUGGUGAGAGCAAUAGGGGUCGAUUGCCCAGAAUAAGCUCUGUUGAAACAAUGGAAGCUUGGGCUAGUCAGCAGAAGGAAAGGAAAUGGUAUAUUGUAUUGAUAAGCCUUCAUGGACUGAUUCGUGGUGAAAACAUGGAGCUUGGACGGGAUUCUGAUACUGGUGGUCAGGUGAAGUAUGUAGUCGAACUUGCAAGGGCUUUAGGUUCAAUGCCAGGUGUAUAUCGGGUUGAUUUACUUACGAGGCAGGUAUCAUCACCGGAAGUAGAUUGGAGUUACGGUGAACCCACUGAGAUGCUGCCUCCUAGAAAUUCGGAAGGUUUAAAUGAGAUGGGGGAGAGCAGUGGGGCUUAUCUUAUUCGCAUUCCUUUUGGCCCUAGAGACAAAUACAUUCCUAAGGAGCUUCUGUGGCCUUACCUUUCUGAAUUUGUUGAUGGUGCACUUAGCCAUAUAAUCCAGAUGUCCAAAGUUCUUGGUGAGCAAGUUGGUGGUGGACAUCCUGUCUGGCCUGUUGCUAUUCAUGGACAUUAUGCAGAUGCUGGUGAUUCUGCAGCUCUUCUAUCUGGGGCUUUAAAUGUUCCCAUGCUUUUCACUGGUCAUUCCCUUGGUCGAGAUAAGUUGGAGCAACUUUUGAGACAGGGUAGACUGUCAAGGGAUGAAAUAAAUUCUACGUACAAAAUAAUGCGCAGGAUAGAGGCAGAGGAGAUAUCACUUGAUGCCUCUGAAACUGUCAUAACAAGCACAAGACAGGAGAUUGAGGAGCAAUGGCGUUUAUAUGAUGGCUUUGAUCCGAUCCUGGGAAGGAAAUUGCGGGCUAGGAUCAGGCGCAAUGUUAGCUGUUAUGGCAGAUUCAUGCCUCGAAUGGCUGUCAUUCCUCCUGGGAUGGAGUUCCAUCACAUUGUCCCACAUGAUGGUGACAUGGAUGGUGAAACGGAAGGAAAUGAAGAUGGAAAGUCUCCGGAUCCACAUAUUUGGGGAGAGAUAAUGCACUUCUUCACAAAUCCACGAAAGCCUAUGAUACUAGCCCUUGCCAGGCCAGAUCCCAAAAAGAACCUAACGACAUUGGUCAAAGCAUUUGGUGAAUGUCGUCCGCUUCAAGAACUUGCUAACCUUACGUUGAUAAUGGGGAACCGUGAUGAUGUUGAUGAAAUGUCAAGCACUAAUGCUUCUGUUCUACUUUCAAUACUAAAGUUGAUAGACAAGUAUGAUCUUUAUGGUCAAGUGGCAUAUCCAAAACAUCACAAGCAGUCCGAUGUUCCUGACAUAUACCGUCUUGCAGCAAAGACAAAGGGUGUUUUUAUUAAUCCAGCGUUCAUCGAGCCUUUUGGACUUACUUUAAUAGAGGCAGCAGCUUACGGUUUGCCAAUUGUUGCAACUAGAAAUGGUGGUCCUGUCGAUAUACACAGGGUUCUUGACAACGGUCUUCUUGUUGAUCCACAUAAUCAACAGUCCAUUGCUGAUGCUCUUUUGAAGCUGGUUGCUGACAAGCAACUUUGGGCAAAAUGCAGGGCAAAUGGAUUAAAAAACAUUCACCUUUUCUCAUGGCCUGAACAUUGUAAAACAUAUUUAACUAAGAUAGCAAGUUGCAAACCAAGGCAACCAAGAUGGUUGAGAAAUGAUGAUGAUGAUGAAAAUUCAGAAUCUGAUUCACCUAGUGAUUCCUUAAGAGAUAUACAGGAUAUAUCUUUGAAUUUGAAGUUUUCACUUGAUGGGGAUAAAAACGUGGGUAAGGAAAAUGGUGAUGGGUCUUUGGAUCUUGAUGAUCGAAAAAGCAAGUUAGAAACUGCAGUUUUGAGUUGGUCCAGGGGUGUGCAGAAGAGUACCCAGAAAUCUGGUUCCACAGACAAAGGUGACCAAAACUCUGGUGCUGGUAAGUUCCCAGCACUCAGGAGGAGGAAAUACAUGUUUGUAAUUGCAGUGGAUUGUGGUGCUUCUACAGGCCUUUCAGAAAGUGUCAAAAGGAUUUUUGAUGCUUUGGAGAAGGAAAAGGCAGAAGGCUCUAUAGGAUUUAUAUUAGCCACAUCUUUUAACAUGUCAGAACUACGUUCUUUUCUGGUUUCAGAGCAUCUGAAUCCUACUGAUUUUGAUGCUUUUAUUUGCAACAGUGGUGGUGAUCUUUAUUAUUCAUCACUUCACUCUGAUGAGAACCCUUUCGUAGUUGACUUGUAUUACCAUUCACAUAUUGAAUACCGCUGGGGUGGCGAAGGGUUGAGGAAGACAUUGGUGCGGUGGGCGGCCUCAAUUACUGAUAAGAAGGGCGAUGACAAAGAACACAUUGUGGUUGAAGAUGAAAAGAACUCAGCUGACUACUGCUAUUCGUUUAAAGUUUGCAAGCCAGGAGUGGUUCCUCCAGUGAGGGAACUCAGGAAAGUAAUGAGGAUUCAGGCUCUUCGUUGUCAUGUGAUUUAUUGUCAAAACGGGAGUAAGAUUAAUGUCAUUCCAGUGCUAGCAUCUCGUUGCCAGGCACUCAGGUACCUGUAUCUUCGAUGGGGUAUGGAUUUGUCAAAAGUGGUGGUUUUUGUUGGAGAAAGUGGGGACACUGAUUAUGAAGGAUUACUUGGUGGUGUGCAUAAGUCUGUGAUACUGAAAGGAGUUUGCAGUGGAGAAAGCAGCCAACUUCAUGCCAACAGAAGCUACCCACUUACCGAUGUGGUGGCAUUUGACAAUCCGAACCUUAUUCAGACAAGUGAAGACUGCAGCUGUGCUGAACUGCGCGACUCGUUAGAAAAGCUAGGGGUUCUCAAAAGCUAGAAAUUUGCACUUCCGCACAGCACAGAAAAGUUUGACAUGAACUAUAUAUCGUGUUAAUAAUUGGCCUGUUUCUCCGUUGCUCGUAGAGUUGCCAAGAUCCUCGAAGCAAAAAGUUUUGCUACCUUGUUAUAAUGCCCUGAUAAAAACCAUCAGUGUAUGAUUCUAUUCGUUAAUUUCGUUCUUGCUUUGAAACUGGCACGGUUGGUGCUUUCGACCUGUUGAUAAAUGGGCUAAACUAAAGUGGCCAACUAAGUUAUGCUGUAUAGGUGUUGUAAAUUCCUUUUUGUAUCGUAGUUGAGGGAGACAUCGUUGUAAUGCUGAAAGCUAUAGGAUCAAUGAGUUGUUCCUU